AUGACAAUCCAUUUAAUGGUCAUAGCUUCCUUUUAUCUCUCAAGACCAAUUUAAGUUACUUUUUUUUAACAAAAAACACAGUGUGUCUUCGAUUAUGAUCAAUGUUAUCGUUUCCUUUAACAAGCGUCUUUGCAAGAAUCGUAACUUUUGUGUUCCAUAGCUGUGUUGAAACGUGUUUAUGUGCUAUUCUGUUUACCAUUUUAAAGUUCUUUCCCUGUUAUUUGUUUACCUAAAAUCUUUCAUUUCAAGUGUGUAAUACCGAGUCAUGCGUGUUGCAGCAAGCAUCAUAAUCCAAAGCUUUGUGUCCUUGUUGAUAGCUACUAGCCGUGUCAGAGAUGUCUUAUGUUUUCUCUUCCUUACUAUCAAUGGAAAAUGCUAGGCGUAUCAAAGCCAAACCGGUUGUAUUAGUCGUUGGUUGUAACAGCAAAGUUGCAAAGGCAACAAUUAACACGCUUUCAACAAAAUAUGCUCGUAAACUGAAAGUGCAUGUUGGCUUUCAACUAUCCGAGUUACUUGAAAAUUUGAAGGCCUCAAGUCGUGUUACGACAGUAAAAGAAGAAAUGGAAGAAUUCACAAAAAUGAAAGCGGCUUUCGCUGACGUACAAGCUUUACUAAUUGUUGCACCUUACCGUGAGGAUGGAGUCGAGUUUGUUUCGAAAACAGUUAACGCUGCAAAAAAAGCAGGUGUUAAACACAUCUUACUUUUAAGUAGUACAUAUGCUGCGACAGGUGAAACUACUUAUGGUAAACAGUUCUAUCAUCUCGAACAAGCUGUAAUGGCAGGAGGAAUACCCUUUACUAUUCUACGAUUGCCGUGGCUUAUGGAAAAUUUCUUCGUAUACAAACAUACGAUAAAGAGUCAUAUGCAAUUCUUUGUUCCUGGUGAUCCAAAACGAGAAUUUGAAACUGUUUGCGUAGGUGACGCUGGCGCAGCAGCUGCCGCUGUUUUGGCCUCGCCCCUAGAGCAUGUUGGGAAGGUAUACUCUGUUGUAGGCGAUUGGAGCACAUUAGAGAAAGUAUCGAGUGCGAUGACGAGCACACUAAGCAAGGUGAUUGCCUGCAUUCAGGUUCCCUACGAUGAAGCUCUAGGGCAAUUAAUCCGAAAUGAUAUGGUUGACGAGAAUCUUGAAGAAUACAGUGAGUUUUAUAAAACUCUUGAUUCUGCUUCGCAGCAGACUUUGGAAGAAAAUCAACAUUAUCAAUACAUCACUGGAAAAAGUCCAACAAAACUCAUUUCAUGGAUGAAUCGUCAUGCCGAUGUAUUCAAUUAGACAAUAGUUACAUUUGUUUUGACGAUAAAAGAAAGUGAAACUAUAGUUGUCCCACCGAGAUAUACACGUGUUCAAAGGUGUAACAAAUGUAUAAGUUAGAAGAAAUUUAUUGAAUUAAAUACAGAGAAGUAGAUUUUAUCUUGCAAUACCUUA